AUGUCGGGAUGCCAAAUGGAUUUCAAGAUCGAAGCUUGGGAAGUAAGCAACAUAUAGAAACUUCUUAGUCUGCAAAAUACUCACAAAUAUGAUUUUACAAAAGUAGAAAUCUCAAACCAAAGGGUUCUGAAAAACGAUGUUGAUAGAACUCGUUCCUCAGAGCUGACAGGAGAAGAAAAAGAGAAACUUGAGCUAUUAUUGACGUAUUAUUGCAACGAAGAAAGCAUACAUUACAAGCAAGGAAUGAAUGAAGUGCUGGCUCCUUUUAUCAUGAUGACGAGGCAAGGGAUGUCUUUGACUAUCGUCUAUAACUUUUUCAAAGGAUUUAUGCGAAAAAUUUUACCGAAUGUUUUCCAUGACCCAGUAAAGUUAAUAUAGACUUUUAGGCCUCUUCAAAAUCUUUUUGCGAUUUUCAGAUUAUUGUUGAGGUACCAUGAGCCACGGCUUAGUGUAUUUUUUCAAACAAACGGAUUUUCACCAGAACUCUUUGCAACUUCUUGAUUUUUGACGGCGUUUUCAAGUAAAAUAAUAAGCUUGAAGGCUCUUUUUUUAUUAUGGGAAGAAUUGCUAGAAGCAGAUGACCCCUUACAUUUAGUUUAUAUUGGAUUGGGAUUUUUAGAACAUUUUAAAAGUCUUUUGCUGUCUAAUUCUCCCUGAAUUUUUUAAUAAUUAAAAUAUUCAAAAAACCCAUUAUCUAUUCUUAGAUAAAAGUGGCCAUUAUUUAAAAAAUUGUUUGUAGAAUGAAAUCUAUUAUAAUCAGGGCAAUUAAGCAAAAUUCAAUGGUUCCUCAAACAAUUUCUCAGAUUUCUUUAGACAAUAUUAAUGACAUAACUGAUAUUAUUGCCCUUGCUAAAUCAAUAAAAUCAAAUACUCCAUUUUCAAUAAACAAGAAAUUGCAAAAUUACCAUAUAUUUGACUUAGACAUUGUGGAAUCUAAUAUCGAACUCCUGAACAAGCAAUUUUGUUUAUCUGUAAUGCCUGAAGAAAUCCUAAUCCGAGCAUAUCCUGAAGCAAAGUUUUGUGAAUGUGAAGGAAAAGUUUGUGAUUGAUGCCGAAAAAGAGCUCCAUUAACGCUGAUUGUAAUUGAUAUCAGAACCGAAAAAGAGCAUAAUCAAGGAGUUUUCCCUAAUUCGAUGCUUUUAGAUCCUGAAGCUUAUGAAAAUACCGAAGUAAUGAUGGAUUUUCCUGAUCAGUUCAUUGAGAUGAGAGGGCUUGUUCAUAUUUGCUUAUUAGGAAGUAAAGAAUUUAAAGCUUCAAGUUUUGACCUACAAGAAGCAAAUUUAGAUGAAGAGCAAGAUAUCGUUCAAAACAUGACAGAAAAUUUACUACAAGCGUUUUUAAUGAAAGGAUUUUCAUAUAUAAGCUUAGUCGCCCCAUGCCAAAUUACCUUUUGGUAGUGCAAUAUUUCUUAGGCGAAAAUUUGCUAUAAACAUUUUCGAUAGUGAAACAUUUGCGUUAAAUUUAGGCCAAAUGGUAUCAAUUUAACCAAAUUUUCUUCGAUGAAAUGAAAACUAUUAAAAUUAUACGAUCUUGGGCCUGCAUCCAAGCUUAGUGGAUGGCGGAUUCUUGAAAUGCCAUAAUCUAGCUAUAGAAAAAGGCCUUGAAAUUGAAAGUCAUGAUGCAGGUUCAUGCAAAAUUUGUCGAAAUGAUAGCAGCCCAUUAAGAAUAAUAAGAAGAAAAGUGAUGGAUAAAGUUAAGCAAGUAUUCUCGAUGAAAGAUUUCUUGUUGGAUUCAAAUAAUAAUGGUGAAGUUAGAAGCUUCCAGUGCACACUUUUUGAUUCUGAAGAUUUUAGCUUGUUUGAAAAUAAAAGUAAUUUAUCUAUAAAUGAAAACACCUUUGUGUUUGAAACUAACGAGUAUGAUGAUUUAUUUGAUACCCCAAAAAUAACCAAAGAAAUUUCUUUUGAAAAAGUCAUAAAGAUAAAAAUUUCAAAAAAAAUAAAGAGUCUUGUCAAGUUUUUUUUAGCUGACAACACCAAUUUUUGCUUUAUCAUGAGCUCUCUUAACGAUGCCAAGGUUUUCUUACUCCUCAUAUAAUAAGGACUAAAUCUAUGCCUUUAAUACCAAUUGCUUUAAUAUUUUUAUUUAUUGCAUUAAUGAUUGCCACGCUUUGGAAUGUAAUUUAAGAUGUUUGGUGCAUUUAUUUAAAUGUUUCAUAUUCCUUUUUAAAUAAAAAUUAAAAAUACUUUUGAUAUAAAAUUUUUAUAAGUUAUGCUAAAUAAAAGCGACGAAAAAAUGGUCUCUAUAAAUGGUAUGAGAACUAGAAGUUGCAAAUAAAUUAUGAAAGCCCACCCAAGAAGAUUAUUCAUUGCAAUUUAUAGCAACGAUAUAA